AUGAAAGUCGACUCCGCCAUCAUCUCCCUCCUCAAGCUCGACCCCGAGCAAACCACCGUCUCCUCCGCCGGCCGAGGCGGCAUGUCCUCAGCCUCAACGUCCAAGAUCACAACAAAACCCCAAGACGGCUCAACAAUGCAAUACUUCAUGAAAACCGGCAAAGGCCGCGCCGCCGAACUAAUGUUCGAGGGCGAACACCAAUCCCUCAAAGCCAUCUACUCCGCAGUCCCAACCCUCUGUCCCAACUCCUUCGGCCACGGAGAAUUCGUCGAUGCACCCGGAACCUCUUUCCUAGUUACAGAUUACCUCGACCUCUCCGGCGGACGAAGAGGGAGUAAAGGGAAGGGCAUGACUCUCGCGCAGAAACUCGCGAAACUGCACACAACCCCGGCACCAACACCAGCAGGCUACGAUAAACCACAAUUCGGGUUUCCAGCAACAACAUGUUGCGGCGACACACCUCAAGAUAACACCUACGAAUCAUCCUGGGCGGACUUCUACGCAAAUCGAAGGUUACGGUUCAUCCUCAAACAAAGCGAUAAAUCCAACGGAAAAGACCCCGAAUUGACAGAUCUCAUCGAGAAGACCUGCACCACCGUCGUCCCAAACUUGAUCGGCGACUCCCAUCUCAACAACGGCAACGGCAUAACCCCCGUCGUAGUCCAUGGCGAUCUCUGGUCCGGCAACGCCUCCUCCGGCAAACUGCCGAGCAUGGCGGAGGCGGAGGAUAUCGUGUACGACUCCAGCGCCUGCUACGCGCAUAGUGAGUUCGAGCUGGGGAUCAUGAAGAUGUUUGGUGGGUUUGGUGGGAAGUUCUUGGAGGAGUAUCAUGAGCUUGUGCCGAAGACGGAGCCGGUGGGGGAGUAUGAGGAUCGCGUGAAGCUGUAUGAAUUGUACCAUCAUUUGAAUCAUCAUGCGCUUUUUGGCGGAGGGUAUAGGAGUGGGGCGGUGGGGAUUAUGAAGAGUUUGAUUGGGAAGUAUGCAGGGAGGAGUGAGUUGUGA